UGGGAAAUAAUGGAUCCCACCGGGGGGCGCGAUACGCGCUACAAUCUCCAGUACAUGAUGCCGGAAACGCCAGAGAUCUACGGCAACCCGAACGGGGGGUCUCUGGCGCGUCCACCGUCCAGCGGCGGGUUGGUGUCGGGGCAGGUGUCCAUGUCCCGCGGGGGCUCCGGCGGCGGGACCGGCAUGAUGAACGGACCACAGUGCGGUAGUGGCGGCGGUGGUGGCGGUGGGGGUGGUGGUGGCGGCGGGGGUGGCUUAUCGCGUGGUAUCAAGCGCACCAACUCGGACUGCUAUGACGACCGGCAGCUGGUGGUUGGCUCCGGACAGACGAUGACCGGGCUCGACGGCUGUACCGUCGGGUCCGAGGUGGUCGACGAGAGCUACACCUCGCUGCAGCCGAAAAAGUCACCCCCGAGCAAUGGCAAAAAGACGAAGGGUCGCGUUAAGAUCAAAAUGGAGUACAUUGACAACAAGCUGCGGCGGUACACGACGUUCUCGAAGCGCAAAACCGGCAUCAUGAAAAAGGCCUACGAGCUGUCGACGUUGACCGGCACGCAGGUGAUGCUGCUCGUCGCCUCCGAAACCGGUCACGUGUACACGUUUGCGACUCGCAAGCUGCAGCCGAUGAUCACGUCGGAGGCGGGCAAGGCGCUGAUCCAGACGUGCCUGAACUCGCCCGACCCGCCGACGGGCUCAUCCGGUGACCAGCGCAUGUCCGCGACCGGGUUCGAGGAGACGGAGCUCAGCUACAACAUCGGCGACGAGGACUCCAAAGAUGACCGGUCGCCGAUGUCGUCCGGCAGCGAGUCCGACGACUGCUCGGGACCGGAGUCACCGCCUCCCCCAGGACCUAGCUCUAGUACGAUGAUCAUCAGCAACAAUCAACAUCAGCAGCAGCAGCAGCAGCAUCACAGCGGCCUCAACGAGAAGCCAUCCAUUCGGCACCAGCCGGACGAGCCCGAGGCACUGAAGGCAUCAUCGGCCAUCAGCUCAUCAUCGUCACCGUCGGUGCUGACGGCUUCCACGGCCGCGGCCACCAUCUCCGCCAUCCAGCAGCAAAUCCAACAGCAACAGCAAGCGCUCCAGCAACAGAUUCAGCACCGACAACAGCAACAGCAACAGCUCCAGCAACACAAACAAUCAGCGAAUCAAAAACAACCGACAACCGGCCGGGCCGCCGGCAAAGCUUCACCGAAAGUCAAAGCGGAACCAUUGGCACCGGCAGCAUCAACAGCGGGCAACCCGUCCGCGGCAACAACCUCACCGGUGGUGUCGGUGGCAGCAACACCACAACAAAUCACCAGCAGCAUCAUCUACCCGGCGGCCGCCCUCAGCACGUUGCCCCAGGACGUGCUGGUGAACUUGCUACAAUCCGGACAGAUACAGCUCCACAGCGAAGAAAAUGGAUCCCAACAGUACGUCACCAUCCCGCUACCGCUCAUUUCCACGAAAGCCAACCCUCGACCAACGUCUUCCAAUGGGCAGCAUAAAUUGUCCGGUGCCAACCCGGUGUCUUCUGGGCCGGCCGCAUCAUCCAGCGGCACGUCGCCGAGGAGGGGUUCUUCGUCGUCGUCGUCGUCGUCACGGCGUAACGCGUCGUCAGCAUCUUCCACCAUCAAGACUGAGCCGCUGGAGUAGCGAAACCUUUGUUUACGUGCUUGAUGUCCUUUGGUCGCAGGACGCCCGAAAAUUGUUUUCUUCUUUUCAUUAUGUCCCACAAAACGUACUUCGCUGUCCUGACCGGUUUGGGCUUCAGGCGGACGACGGACAGCCGUUUGAUUGAGUUUUGCGUUUAGCUUGCCCCAUAUCACGUUAGCACCCGUAGGUGAUUCUAUUGCUUCAACCUAUCUUCCUUUUUCCUAUAUGCAGCUGCAUCUCUCUCGACGAUACUUAGAAUUUGUCUAUUAAAUUAUGCUUCUUCUUGCUCAAAUUCGCGUUCCCGAUUGCUGAACGCGUCUCUGACGCACAAGUGUAGAAGCGCGAUCAAAACCGAAACCGACUGCAUUACGAUGUAAUGUUUGCUACGGUUGUCCCGCGGGAAGCAUCCCCCCCAAAAGUCACACGUGAGAGAGUUUGCAAC